GAGAAAGAGACUGACUGGGGUGUGUGAGCCACAUCUGGAAUAGUAGCGACAGAGAGAGAGUCGAGAGAAGCAGAAACUUGGAGAAACUUCCCCCCAGCUCUUCACUUCAGCACUCCCUCCCUAUUUUUUGCACGGAAUCAAACCUCUUUGCUUUUGCCUUUCCCCAUCUACUUGAAAACAAAAAAACAAACGGAAAAAAAAAAUGCUGCUCAUCCUGCUCGGAGUGCUCAUCUUGCACUUAGUCAUUCUCAUCCUGCUCAUUGUGUCAACAGCAGCCAGUGCAUGGACUGUAGGUGGGGAUAGGAGCACAGAUCUAUGGUACAGUUGCCUGUCAAGUAGUGGAGGCUACCACUGCAAGCCAGCCAGCAAUGAAGACUGGAUCCAGGCGGUGCAAGCCCUCAUGAUCCUGUCCCUGCUCUUCUGCUUCUUUUCCCUCAUCGCAUUCGUGUAUCAGCUCUUCCGACUGGUCAAGGGCGGACGCUUCUUUUUCACUGCCAUCUUCCAGAUCUUGGCAAGUUUGUUUGUGAUGUGCGCGGCGAUCAUCUACACUGUGAUGAGUCCAGAUGAGGGCUCCGAUACACAGUUCGGUUACGCCUACGUGCUGGCCUGGGUAGCUUUCCCUCUCUGUCUCAUCAGCGGCCUCAUUUAUAUCGUCCUGAGGAAGAAAGAAUGAGAGAAGGAGCACGGGAGAAAAGAGGAGGGGUAGUAAGGAGACCCCUUACCACAACAUCGCACUGUGCCUACUGCCCACAGACCAUAGACUGACAUCCUAAAAGUACAGCAAAAGUACAUGUGUCACUAACAUUGUAAACACAAAAAGGAGAUAUGUAUCACUGCAGGGGAUCUCUACUUGCUGUAUUUCAGUGUCCAUUAUGUUCCCAUCAUAUGCUAACACAUAUCGCACAAGUCUGAUGUGUGAGUUUUAACAAACACUACAAAAACUACAUUUCCUGUGGUGACAGAUGUGUCCUCACAAUGUGUUUAGAAACGUGUUGGUGACAUGUUGACUUUUGUUGCACGGUGGCACCCGACUUCCACAAUUCCAUCACGUGUGGUAACAACGACGAAUAAUCCUGCCCUUCUUUAGUACAAAGAUGUACAUAGUGUCUGUGGUUUUUAGACAUAUUUAUAACAUUUUUACAUACAUUUUGUACAUAGUGUUGUCAAGUUAACAUUGUCAUGCUCAAUUUUGUGAUAGAGAGUUUGUGUCUCUCACAAGUCAUGCAGCUGUGCCAAAGAGAAGCCGCUUCAACUGCCAGAGUAUCAAGCUUUUUUUUUUUUGUGACUGAUUUGUCUUGUUUUGGGUUUUUGUCAAAUGCUUUGAACCAUGUGCCUUACUUAGAAUAUAUGUGUUCUUCUUGAAGGAAAUGAGUAAAUCCUCAGAAAUAAAAAAAAACCACCAAUAAGUUUAAAUAAACCCAUGAAGUUUUUCUGAAUUAUCAUUGUACUUGAUAUGCCAAAUAAAAAAUGUUUUGCAUUUUGUAAUCUAGUUUUGAAAAAUGGUGCUUUUUUAUCUACUACUCUUGAAAUGUAUAGCUUACUUUGUGUUGCAAGUGUGUCGUGUCCUGUGAUUAAUUUGCUUUGUACAAACCCAAGUUUCCAUUAUUGUCAGUAUUCUUCUAAAUAAACCUUUUGAAAUUA